UGUGAUUGUAGUUAGGAAGUUGUCCUCACUUUAUUGUGUCACGUUCACUAAAUUUUGGUUUAGUAGUGGGUUGUCGACGUUGUGGAUGUCAUAUUUAAAGACGUCAAAUAUGGAGGAGGAACGUCUCUUUGACGAGAGAGUUUCUAUUCGAGAGUCUGCUCGACCAUUAAAAAAGUAUGGAAGCACCUGCAACCACAUGAAAAGGAACGAGGAAUACAUUAAACAUGUUAUGUCUAAAGGGGACACCUUGCAAGGGAUCGCAUUAAAAUAUGGUGUAACUAUGGAGAAAAUAAGAAGGGCCAAUAGAUUGUUCGCUACGGACAGUUUGUUUUUGAGAGAAUAUUUAUUGAUUCCGGUGACCAAAGAUUCUCCUUUUUACGAAAAUGGGGAACGCGUAACCGAGCUGCCUCCCCCGAAUCAUCGCGCCUCCAUAGCAGGCAUGCCAACUAGAAACAGCUUUUCACCUGGAAGCCCCGAUGAGAAGAAGAGUUUUGACGAAUUCCUGAACAGAGUAGACUCAUCAUUGGCUGACAUAAAGCGACAUGUAGAAAAAACAAAAGAAAACAGUGAGUUCGUGAAGGAUAUAGAUGAGGGUUACGUGAGGCACAGGCCGACGGCGCGACUCAGACAGUCCGCGUCUAUGGGCGCUUCGUCGUCUUACAAUGAAGUAAUACCGCCUCCCUUGCCGCCUCCGCCCGUUUCCCUCACCCAGGGCAGACGCGUCGACUCCUCGCUCAGACGGCUGGAGAGGACACACGACGACCUAUUCCAGUUGUAGCGGCAGAAACAGCGCAGGUAUGCGCGACUCGAGUGAAUGCGAUCCGCUAUUGAUAUCGUAUUGAUAUCGCAGCGGUGUCGCAACGGUCGCCGCGACGAUCCGACGAUCGCGCAGUCGACCGCCACUAAGCCUAACGGUGAGUCUGGUGACAAGGACUAUUGAAUUCAACGAUAGAAUAAAUAUAUAAAUAUAGUUUAAAAAAAAGCACGCUUCAAUGGAAAGCUGUACUGGAAGUGUGUGACCUUGGUCAUAGUAAAAAAAUCAUUGGAAGGGUCUUCGGUCAUUGAUACCUGAGCAAAUAUGAUCUCCGACUACUUGGAAACGUACGUUGAAAGAUUCCGUCACAAAUGUACAGACAGGACAACUUAAUGAAAGCGUAUUAAUAAAAACAUUGUCGUGUCUAAAGCAAAUUUGUAUGUUAAAAUCAAAAUUUCUGUACUGUGAUUUUAAAUGUUCGUAAUGUGAAGAUUCGGUAUUUAUAUAUUAUAAUUUAGCACUAGCACCCCUAGUGGUAUCCGGGAUGAACUAUACAG